AUGAAGUUCUUUGUCGAUACGGCGGACGUUGGCGAAAUCCGGGAGCUUAACGAUAUCGGACUGCUGGACGGGGUGACAACCAACCCCUCGCUGAUCCUGAAAUCGGGGCGCGACAUCGCCGAGGUCACCAAGGAAAUCUGCGACAUCGUCGACGGCCCGGUGUCGGCCGAAGUCGCCGCGACCGAUUUCGACGGCAUGAUGAAAGAGGCCGACAUUCUCGGCAAGAUCGCCGACAAUGUGUGCAUCAAGCUGCCGCUGACCAUGGACGGGCUGAAAGCCUGCCGGGCGAUCACGCAGGGCGGCCAGCAGGUCAAUGUCACGCUGUGCUUUUCUGCCAAUCAGGCGCUUCUGGCCGCCAAGGCGGGCGCGACGUUCAUCUCGCCCUUCAUCGGCCGCCUGGACGACAUGGCCAUCGACGGCAUGGAGCUGAUCGAGGAAAUCCGCACCAUCUACGAUAAUUACGAAUUCGACACCGAAAUCCUUGCCGCCUCGAUCCGCACGGUCAAUCACGUCAAGGAAGCGGCCUUGCUCGGCGCCGAUGUGGCGACGGUCCCGCCGGCGACACUCAAGGCGCUCGUCAAGCAUCCGCUGACCGACAAGGGGCUCGACGCAUUUCUCGCCGACUGGGCCAAGACCGGACAGAAGAUCGCCUGA